AUGUCCGGAGGAUUGGGCUACGUCGAGCUCAUCAAGAAGCAGUUUACUGCGAGCAAAAUCUUUUUCCACACAGUCUUUUGGAGCUUUCACUGGGGUCUCUUUGCCUACGGAUGGAUCAAGCAAGCCAAAGAUCCGCGACUGGCGGCUCUCAACCAGCUCAAGUUCUCCGUCUGGAUCUCCCGAGGAGCCGGUCUCGUUCUCAGUGUGGAUUGCAUGCUGAUCCUGCUCCCCGUCUGCCGUACCAUCAUGCGAUGGGUUCGACCCAAGAUCCGCUUCCUGCCGCUCGACGAGAACCUGUGGAUGCACCGGCAGCUGGCCUACUCCAUGCUCUUCUUCACCAUCCUCCACGUCACGGCCCACUACGUCAACUUCUUCAACGUCGAGCUCACCCAGGUCCGGCCCGUGACGGCCCUGCAGAUCCACUACGUUCAGCCGGGCGGCAUCACCGGUCACGUCAUGCUGCUGUGCAUGCUCUUCAUGUUCACCACGGCCCACGCCCGCAUCCGCCAGCAGUCGUUCGAGUCGUUCUGGUACACGCACCACCUCUUCAUCCCCUUCUUCCUGGCCCUGUACACGCACACGACCGGUUGCUUCGUGCGCGACACGGCCUCGCCCAUCUCGCCCUUUGCCGGCGACACGUACUGGAAGCACUGCAUCGGCUACCUGGGCUGGCGCUGGGAGCUCUGGACCGGCGGAUUCUACCUGAUUGAGCGCCUGUACCGCGAGGUCCGCGCCCGCCGCGAGACAAGCAUCACCCGCGUCAUCCGCCACCCUUACGACGUCGUCGAGAUCCAGUUCAGCAAGCCGUCGUUCCGCUACAAGGCCGGCCAGUGGCUGUUCCUGCAGGUCCCCUCCAUCUCCAAGUACCAGUGGCACCCCUUCACCAUCACGUCGUGUCCGUUUGACCCGUACGUGUCCGUGCACGUCCGCCAGGUUGGCGACUUUACGCGCGAGAUGGCCGACGCCCUCGGUGCCGGGCCCCUGCAGGCCAAGCUGUACGACGGUGCCGACUCCAACGGCAUGUUCGAGGUCGCUCUCCAGAACGGCGAGCAGAUGCCGGCCCUGCGCAUCGACGGGCCCUACGGAGCCCCCGCCGAGGACGUGUUCGAGAACGAGAUUGCCGUGCUGAUCGGUACCGGUAUCGGCGUGACGCCCUGGGCCUCGAUCCUCAAGAACAUCUGGCACCUGCGCAACUCGCCCAACCCGCCCCGCCGCCUCCGCCGCGUCGAGUUCAUCUGGGUCUGCAAGGACGCCGGAUCGUUCGAGUGGUUCCAGGCCCUCCUGUCGUCUCUGGAGCAGCAGUCGGACGAGGCCGCCCGCGUGCCCGGCUCCGGCGGCGUCGAGUUCCUCAAGAUCCACACGUACCUCACCCAGCGCCUCGACAUGGACACGGCGCAGAACAUUGUCCUCAACACGGUGGGCACCGAUAUGGAUCCGCUCACCGAGCUGCGGUCCCGCACAAACUUUGGUCGUCCCGAUUUCGGCCGCCUCUUCACCACUAUGCGCGAUGGCAUCCUCAACCGCACCUACCUCGGUGGUCUGGACGGAAACGUCCGCACCAAGGUUGGUGUGUACUUUUGCGGUCCGACAGCAGCCGCCCGCAGCAUCAAGUCUGCCUGCAAGGUUGCCGACUCGCGAGAAGUCAGCUUCAAGUUCUGGAAGGAGCACUUUUAA